AUGCCCGCCGAAAGCGACCCUGAGUCCAACAAUGGCAACUCAUCCAACUCUGGCCAAAACGGAUCCGGCUCUGGCACACAACCCGAAGCCUCCGGCGGGGCAACACGCAAAACUCGAGCGACCCCGAAACGGGAUCCCGGGGUGGGAGCGAUGAAUCGACGGGCGGCAGCGGGUCUUCGUCGAGCGACCCAGCUCUCCCUUCCCGGAAAUGGCGACUCUUCCGACUCGGGUGGCUCAGGUGGAACCGCGGCGCUUCCCGGUCCCGGAUCCAAGGGCAACUCGACUCCUGCGAUUGUCGCAAGCGUGACUGUGAUCGUGGUUGUCCUCCUUUUACUUCUCAUCUUCCUCUUCCGAUAUCGCCGGACGAAGAAGGACAGCACCAUGGCCAUGUACGGCCGACGAGAUCGCACCCUUUUCGCCCUUCGUCUGAAGCAGAAGCCAGGAAACCGGUCCUCGACCGUCAUGGGCGGCCUCUUAAACCCGGCACGUUCGAGUCCCGACAGCCCAACGUUUGGGGGAUCGCAGCCUGCAAUGGUGGAGCGCCCGAAUCCGGUUGCCCAACGUCGCAUUAGCGCAGCCAGCGCCGCCAGCGCCGCCACCGACAUGUCGAAUCUACCUUCUCCGACUUCGACCGUAUUCGGCGGCACCAUCUCCAUGUUCCCCUUCCACCUUCGCAACACUCGCUCCCAAACUCGCCCUCCCAUUCCCCACCGAGUCGAUGGCGGCAGCGGCACGAGGCCACAACCCCGAACCUCGGUCGGCGCCGUCUCACAGCUCUCCCGGCCCAGCGAGAUCCGCGUAUCCUUUUCCGACGUCUCGGGAUUUAGCGACACGGCGUCCAGUUACCGUGCGGAUAUGUACGCCACGCAUCCAACCUGGCAGCCUGACGCGCCGGUGCCAGGACCGCCGAGGUUAAAUAGCAUCCGCAGGCAUACCGAAAUCGGCGAGUGGAAUAUCACAGGCUCCGGAAACCACAUCAUCAACCAGGUUGCGCCAGGGAAGAACUAG